AUGGCGCUUUCGAGGUCAACAUCAAAGCUCGGUGACGGUAGCACCGUUGUUGCCAUUGACAGAGACAAGAACAUUAGCCUACCUCUUGUCAAAUGGGCAGCGGAUAAUCUUUUCCGUGUCCACAAGAAAUCCCCAUGCGUUAUCCUUCAUGUCCUAAAUCACAGUACACAUUCCCAUAGUCAUUCCACAGUCUCUAAAGGAUCUAAUCGCUCAACAGAAGAAGAGUUACAGGAAAUAAUCCUUCCCUGCCUAGGAUACUGCGCCCGCAAAGGGAUCACAGCAAAGGAAGUUCUACUCCAUGACAUUGACGUUCCAAGUGCAAUUAUUGAUUACAUUAUUAAAAACGACAUCAGCAAUGUUGUCGUUGGUGCUUCCAACCGCAAUGCUAUUUUGAGAAAAUUCAAAGCGGCAGAUGUUCCAACUAGCUUGAUCAAAUCUGCACCAAAUUUUUGUUCCGUCUACGUUAUAUCAAAAGGAAAACCUCAGACUGUUAGAGCAGCAACUCAAGCUCUCAAACCCAAAAAUGAUGUACCACCUUCUUACAGAAGUGCACCAAAUCUUGGAAGUGCAGAAAGUGGUAGCUCAAGCAAAUUAUCUGCCACCAAUGUGAGCAGCUUCAUGUCAAUGCCCUCGACAAACCAUAGCAGGUCAAGCAGCACAAGUAAUUCAUCAUCUCCGCCAACAAGCUCAUCUCUACAAGGGAACCCCCAAUCGGAUUUCAGCGGCUUCUCGGGGCUAAAUAGCUUCCAAUCAGCGACCUAUAACACCUUAGACUCCUUCACAAGCUUGGAGAUUUCAGGAAACACUUUCAUCGUACAAACACCUGAGGAUUUGGAAGCCGAGAUGAGUACUCUAAAUGUUCAAUUAAAGCAAACAAUGGAUAUCUAUAAUUCGGUUUGCAAUGAAGCUACAGAAGCCAAAGAGAGGGUCAAUGAGCUGCAUUUGAAACCAGCAAAAGAACGCAGCCUAGAGGAAGCCACGGCUGCAGAAGAGGCUGCAACGGCUUUUGCGGAGUUGGAGAAGCAGAAGACGAAGCUGGCCACAGAGGCAGCGCACAUUGCGGAAAGGAUAGCGGAGAUAGAGACACAGAAGAGAAAAUUUGCUGAGAUGAGAGCCGGCGGCCAGGAGGCAGAACAGAUAGGUGCAGUUCGUGGCGGUGUAAAGUACAGGAGAUAUACCAUUCAGGAGAUUCAAUCCGCGACGGAUUACUUCAACAACAAGCAAAAGAUUGGUGAAGGUGGGUAUGGACCUGUGUACAAAGGCUUCCUUGAUCACACCCCUGUUGCUAUCAAGAUCCUGAGGCCAGACAUAUCACAAGGGUUGGUCCAGUUCCAACAAGAGGUUGAGGUUCUGAGCUGCAUAAGACAUCCAAACAUGGUUCUCCUAGUAGGCGCCUGUCCGGAAUACGGCUGCCUCGUCUACGAAUACAUGGACAACGGCAGCUUGGAAGACAGGCUCUUCUGCAAGGACAACACUUCCCCUCUUUCUUGGAGAACACGCUUCAAAAUCGCCGCCGAGAUCGCCACCAGCCUCCUCUUCCUCCACGAGCGAAAACCCGAGCCACUCGUCCACCGCGACCUCAAGCCCGCGAACAUCCUCCUCGACCGGAACUUCGUCAGCAAGAUAAGCGACGUCGGGCUCGCGAGGCUCGUCCCGGCGUCGGCAGCCAACUCCGUGACGCAGUACCACAUGACGGCUGCAGCCGGGACGUUCUGCUACAUCGACCCGGAGUAUCAGCAGACGGGACUGUUGGGCGUGAAGUCGGACGUCUAUUCGCUGGGAGUGAUGCUGUUACAGAUCAUCACGUCGAAGCCUCCGAUCGGACUGUCGUACCAGGUCGAGGAGGCCAUUGAGCAAGGCACUUUUGCUGAGAUUCUUGACCCCACGGUGUUGGACUGGCCGGUUGAGGAGGCUUUGUGUUUCGCAAAGUUGGCUCUGCAGUGCUGUGAGAUGAGGAAGAGGGACAGGCCCGACCUUGGAUCGGUCGUGUUGCCGGAGCUGAACCGGUUGACGAAUCUGGGAAUGGUGGAAGAUUAUGGGAAGUAAUUCAGCCGCUCCGGGAUGGUUCUUGAGAGAGCCAAAGGGCAGGUCUUUUGUAAUUACUGGUUUG